AGUGGCAACGUUUGCAGUUUGAGGACCUGUCACCUUAUAUUUCAUUUUUGUGAUAGUGCCUCCAGUAAUUGCAUUUUGGCCAUUUUUUAGGACAAACAAUUAAUUUGCUAUUUUUAUGUUAUUGAAAAGUAACUAUCGAAUUUGAGAAACCCAGAUCUAAACGAAAUCGUCAAUAUAAUAUGGCAAAUAGAACAGUUACAGCACAAAGACCAAAUGGGCAAACUCAAGGAAAGAUAUGCCAGUUUAAGCUGGUACUAUUAGGUGAAAGCGCUGUGGGAAAAUCUAGUCUGGUGCUCCGUUUUGUUAAAGGACAGUUUCAUGAAUAUCAGGAAAGUACAAUAGGAGCGGCAUUUCUCACUCAGACAAUCUGUUUGGAUGACACAACUGUAAAGUUUGAAAUUUGGGAUACGGCUGGUCAAGAAAGGUAUCAUAGUCUGGCCCCUAUGUACUAUAGAGGAGCUCAAGCUGCUAUUGUGGUUUAUGAUAUUACCAAUCAGGAUACAUUUGGGAGGGCUAAAACUUGGGUCAAGGAACUGCAAAGGCAAGCUAGUCCCAAUAUUGUUAUUGCUCUUGCUGGCAACAAGCAAGAUCUUGCAAAUAAACGCAUGGUAGAAUUUGAAGAGGCCCAAACUUACGCUGAUGAAAAUGGAUUGCUAUUUAUGGAAACAUCUGCUAAAACUGCAAUGAAUGUAAAUGACAUUUUCUUAGCAAUAGCAAAAAAAUUACCGAAGAAUGAGCAAACAUCAGGACAGGGCGGUAGUGCGCAGGGUAGACGACUGACAGAAGGUGACACGGGUCCGAAAGCGACGGGCAAUUGCUGCAAGUGAUGGCCAAUCGAUAAGGAACGGUGAUGCUCAGAUUACAUGGGCCAAGUGCUAUUUCAGAUUACCGAACUGGACUGUGCAGCUGCACUAUAGUGAUAUCUCUAAAUGUAAUAAGAGUUCUUGUAAUGUGAAAUUCAAACGGAACAUGGUUAACGUUUUUGAAAAUAUUUGAAUUUAAUCUGGUAUAACAGAAAACGUUGAUUUAAUGUAAGGUUUAAAAAAUGUCUCCACAUCCAGAUUUGUGAUAAAUUCUUUGUUUUUGUUCUUUUUUUUAUAUAUAUAUAUAUUAUAUAGAAAGUAUAUAAAGCAUUUGGUAGUCUCUUAACAUGCUGAUUGAUUCGAGGUUUUAAAUCAAUUUGAAUUAAACAAAAUUUUAUUAAUUCUACCUAUUAAUUAUUACUAUGUAUUAGGUUAAUGAAAUGUUUAUUUACAACUACUAAGAUGUGAAUAGACAUUUUUGUACUAUUUAUAAAUUAUGGUAAAGUAAGUUUGGUGAAAUAAUUCCUGGUUUCCACUUUUUUAUAAUUAUGUAUUUUUUAUAUGAUUUGUUUUCAAACAUGUAUGCAUGACUGAAAUUUCAUUAAUGUGUACUCUUUAUUUAUAACUACUCUAUUCAUCUCUCCCGGAUGCAUAUAGUAAACAAGUAUAAAAUAUAUUAUAUCAAAAUAAUUUAUCUUAGAAACUACUUGCGAUAUGUGUCCCUAUUGAGUAUCCCAUCUAUCUAGUUUGACAGAUAACUUUAAUCUUUCGUUGUAGCGGGGUGGAUGUACAGAUUUAUUGUAGUACUAAUCUCUUGUCGUAAUGGGUCAUAUUAUUGUUGAAUUAUUUCCAGUAAUAUAAUUUUAAGCUCUAUAUAUAAAUAUCGUAAUUUUAAGUGAAUACCCGGCAGUGUUCACAUAUUGUUGUAUUAUAUUGAACAUAAAAAAAAUAUUUUAUUUGCUUGCUUCAGAUGUUAGUCUUUAUUUUGUGUGCACAGGAAAAGGUUGUACAGAAAGAAUCAUACUCAAAUAAAUGAUAGA